AUGGAGGAGAAGGAGCGGUGUCGGAGCAGGUCUCCAGCUCGCAGGGCAAGCCGGGUUCAGCAGGUGGUGGGAACCAUAAUACGUCGUACUCGAGAAUCACUGAGCAGAGAGCGGUUGCUAGGCGAUGGGAGGUCGCAGCGCUCCAACAGUCUCUCCAAUCAGAAUUACCAAGCCAAACUGUCACUGCAGAUCACCAGGGAUCCUGUGCUGGAUCGAAGUACCGGGCAUGGAUUCACCCUCACCACAAACACACCCCUGCUGGUCAGGGAUGUGGCCACAGGGAGUCCUGCAGAUGGGAUACUCUACCCUGGGGACCAAGUGUUGCAGAUCAAUGAUGCAGAGUUGGAGGAUUUGAACGGUGACCAGGUGGAAAACAUAUUAAGGAACUUGGAGGACUGCAUAACAGUGACGAUCCUACGGCACAUGACUAAUCCUAAAUCAUCCAUCAUGUCAGCAGAGAAGAGAGCCCGUUUGAGGAGUAAUCCAGUUAAAGUGCGCUUUGCAGAAGAGGUGGUGGUCAAUGGGCACACUCAGGGAAACUCUCUUCUCUUCCUGCCUAAUGUUCUAAAAGUCUAUUUAGAAAACGGACAGACCAAGGCCUUCAAGUUUGACCAUACCACCAGUGUCAAGGAUAUUGUUCUGACUCUGAAGGAUAAACUAUCCAUCCGGGCUAUUGAAUACUUUGCACUGGUCCUAGAGCAACAGUACAGCAUCACCAAACUACUGCUGCUGCAUGAAGAUGAGCUUAUACAAAAGGUGGUGCAGAAAAAAGACUCCCAUGACUACAGAUGUCUAUUCCGCGUGUGCUUCAUUCCCAGAGAUCCUACAGACCUGCAGCAAGAGGACCCCUUUGCCUUUGAGUACCUAUUUUUACAGAGUGUUGGUGAUGUACUACAAGAGCGCUUUGCUGUAGAGAUGAAGUGUAACACUGCACUCCGCCUCGCUGCCCUGCACAUGCACGAGAGACUGGAUAGCUGUGGACUGACCAGGACCUCCAUCAAAGCCAUUACGAAGGAGUUCGGCCUUGACAGCUUCAUUUCUCCCACGCUGCUGAGCAACAUGAGGGAGAAGGACCUAAGGAAAGCAAUCAGCUACCACCUCAAAAAAAUCCAGUCUCUAUUAGAGCCUCGCCAGAAGGUGAUAUCUGCUUCCCAGGCUCGGCUAGCCUACCUCACUCAGCUGGGAGAGCUCGUUUCUUAUGGAGGACGAUCCUACUCAGCGACGAUGAUGCUUCAAGAAAGGGAGGUGUUGGUCAGCCUGUUGGUCGGAGCCAAAUACGGCAUGAGUCAGGUCAUCAACCACAAGCUCAAUGUGAUCUCUACAUUGGUUGAGUUCAGCAGCAUCAGCCGUGUGGAGUUGCUCUCUGAGUCGGACAAAGUCAGCCUGCUGCGCAUCUCACUGCACGACAUGAAGCCCUUUGCCUUACUGAUGGACUCUCUGGCAGCCAAAGAUCUAGCAUGUCUGCUGGGAGGGUACUGCAAACUCCUGGUGGAUCCCGCUCUCAAUGUCUUCCGAAUGGGGCGCCCCAAAGUGAGGGUGCACCGAAUUGCUGCUGAAGAAGGUGUGUUUGAGAAGUUCACCGUAGUAGAGGGCACGUGCUAUGAAUCCCUAUCAAGUUAUGUGUCUCGCUGCUGUAGUGACUCAGACGAAUCAACAGAUGAGGAUGACCCGAUGGACUCUCAGAAUUACAAACACCAUGACCCAGCAAGUCAGGACUGGGAGGAAAGGCGGAGGACAGAGGAAGAAAAGAGAAAGGAGGAAGACAGACAAGAGAGGGAGGAGCACAAAGGCAAACAGGAAGUGAAGAUAGUCGUGACAACCGAAGGUCAAGAAUACGUGGGUGAAAAGGAACGAGGCGCUUCAGGAAGCGGUCUGUACAAAGUGAUGAAUGAGGAACUGAAUCCAGAGAACACCUGGUACCACACGGAUCUACGGGUGACCAGCAGCUUUUCCAGCUUGUCUAGCAGCUCUUUGAGUGCAGCCCUAGAGGAGAGCAGUACUGCAGUCAAAGCUCUCACUCGUUUGGAUGCGUCGUACACAAGAGAGAAUCCCCAUACUUUGGAUGUUCAUCGACCAUACCUCCUGGAACCCAAAGGGCUCAAAGAACCGUCCCGACCGACGAAUCUCAAUUACCGGGGCGGCAACAGCUCUUGUGUUUGUUUCACUGAGCUCUCGAAAGCUGACUUUCUCUCAAGCCCAUCAGGAGCGACAAGUGAUGAUGAGGAGGAGGAAGAGGAAGAGCAGGAAAGGAUGGUACUGAGGCGCAUUUCUAAGAUCCCGAGUUCAAGAGAUUUAAGAAUGAUUGACAGCACACCGUUUGAAAGAGCGCCCAUUAAGCGAAAGAAGAAGACCCCUCCCAAAGUCCCAAUACGAACCAGUUCCAUUCCAGGCCACAAAGCAGGACAAGCAGAGCAGCGUGUCUCCAAAGAUGAAGAAUCUCUUUUCCAGACACCUUCCCCCAACCCCAAACCAGCUCUUUCGGUGAAAGACAAUGUGUCCGAGUCUGAAGAGGAGUUUUUCGAUGCACAAGAAAGAUUCACUCCACCAGUUCCAGAUCUCUCAGACGUAGAGCUUGCGGAUCGGCGCAAUGCAAAUCGACUGAGUGGAACAUGGAAUUCUCUUGGAGCUUCUUUGGAAAAAGAACCAUCGUCACCCCUUUCUAAUAAUGUAAAACCUUCUAAGAUCAAGAAAGAAUUAGAGGAGCCUAAAUGUCCCACAAGUACAGCUAGUAACCUUGUCAGUAAACCAUAUACUACAGAGAAACCUGUAGCUAAAGUCAAACCACCUUUGGGACCUAAACCCCAGCUCCCCCCCAAACCUCAGAAUAUUCCUCCCAAGUCUCCAAAACAUGGGAAAUCAUAUGCCCACUGCAAUGGGGAUGCCUGUGGACGUCUGUCUUCUGACCUCCUGGAAAUGGAGCCGGACACGAUGGAGUUCAAGUCGGUCACAUACACAGGAGGCACGGGAGGGUUGGCACUGUCCACGCCACUCAUCACGGCAGUGCGAUGUACCAAACCAACAUUACCGGUCACAGCACUACAAACCAGGGAAGAACAGAAAAAUAGGACAAAAGACAAUGGACAGCAUAUCAUUUCCAAAGACAAAACUUGCAUACCUGAACCUGAGGAGACAAAAAGUAACGGGACUGUGAAACCCCCACCAAAUGUACCCACUAUCCCUCGCUCAAAUUCCAGUACUAAAUUAUCCGCCCCUCCUCCAGUACCACCAAAACCCACUUCUCCAAAAAUUCUCCAUCAUUUAUCAUUAGUUGCUAGCUCUACAGUCUCUCCAACAGAUCCCAACAAAAGCAUCAUCAUAGACGGUACAAGUCCACCAAACGGUAUUCACCCCUGGAGUAGCCGCAAUGGUAGCGUUCAGUCAGGACCAAGGAGGGUCUCCGUGAGCCAUGAGAGCCUGUCACCCAAAAAUGCAGAGGCAUCAAUUGCCGCCUCCCUCACCUCAAACAAAACGGUUAUUGGCCACGAAAGUAGGGAUGAGCGAAGAUCUGGGUCUGGCUCAGAUCUUAGAAGUAGUUCUUCCAGUCUUGGAGGCAGACUGUCUGCUUCUGCUCUUAGAGGGAAGAUUCAGGCGCUUCCCUGGUACAUGACCCGCUCACAGGAGAUUUUAGGGACUCUGGACUACCCCUCUACCAGCUCAAUCAAUGGUGAUACCUCUGGGUUUGGGUCAGGUUUAUCUGUAGCAAGUGGGUUGUCUGACACGAACAAAACCCCUGUAAAGGAGAAAGAAACAGAAACAGUGGUUUCGAAACCUGGCGGGAGAGGGAAUAUUUUAGAGGAUGGUGCAGAGGUUGUCAUCGCUACCAUUAAAGAGGCAGGGGAAGUGACUUCAUACAUGAGAAAGAUCCAUGGGACGAAUGGGUCACAUCCUAAUCUCAAUUUCGCUAGCAACAGUGCGCACAAUGUUUCAUCAGAGCAGCCGCAAUCACGGACCCAUUCAGGAGUGGGGAUGGGAGGCAUAUCCAACAUGCAGAUCGGGGGAGACUCGCCAACGUCUUCCCUCGGAGACAGCACCCCUCCACAGCAGAGGGAGGUCUGUGGCUGCCGUACCGUUUACGCCAACUGUUUCAGCGGCGACAACGAGGACGGCAUCAGCUUUGACGAGGAACUCACCGUGUACGAGUUCUCUCGUCGCACACGUCCAAAAACAGCACGACCUCCUCCUGUCCCCUCACCCACCACGCCCCCUCCAAAUCCCAAUAUCCUGUCACUGCUGAGAGACAAUCCACGUCCCUUGUCUACUCUCUCCACUGCUUCUUCAGAACUCAGUCCUCUAGUGUCUUGUCCGGUGUCUCCGUCAACAUCUCUCCGGGGUCCCCUUCAUUCCCUCACUAACAAGAACUAUGGCGGCCUGAAAGGAGGUUUUGUCUCCCUGCGACAAGAUAUUGAUCAGCUUUUGCUGGUUUUGGAGAGCACGCUACCUGAACAGCUGCAAACAAACACAUUUUUAAAGCAAGAUGGCACAGGGCCCGACCCGAAUCACAACGGAAGUGAAGGUAACACUACGCAAACAUCAUGUUGUAUGGGAUUCAGUCCCAUUAGCAUGACAGAGGCAGAGAGGAGUCUUCUCCAAACAGAGGCUCGACGACUGGCGUCCGGGUGUCAGCGGGCCACACGUGUCGGCUGGGCUCCCGAUGAAGCCCUGAGGUCAUUGUCCAACAGCUUUGGUGCGUUGGUUCAGCUAUCGGCGGCGUGCAUGCGAACCAAUCCGUGCCCUGGCUGCGAGAGCUGCCAUAAUGUUAGCUUAGAUGAUGACAGUCGGGAACCUAUGGAAAAGUUGAAAGAGAUUGUGGCUCUGUACCGAGAGUUUGUUGGAGCUGUUGAGACAGCUGGAACUGGUGCUGGGGGCAGGAGCGCGGGCCUAAAUGGUUCUGGACAAAGCCAAGGAGAAGGCGAUGGCGUGAGGCUGCUCGCCAAACGCUGCACUGUACUCAUCUCUUCCGUGUUCGCGCUAACACAGCUCUUCCGGACACCCGCAUUGGUCUCCUCUGAUACUCCCAGUGGUCUACCCCUGAACUUUUAA